GCGCCGGGGAGGGUCGCAGGAUGGAAGUGCUGUCAGUGGAUUUGCCAAUGUGCUCUGAAUGCUCUUGCACCCAGCAAAAAAUAGCCUUAGAGAUUGAAAGGACACACAAUCUCACCCUCAGCAUGCAAUUCAGCUCAGGACAACUGCUGUCAAACUAUGUGCAUCACCAGGGGGUACCUUUUGGUGACCCUGAUUUCAACCCAACCAUUCAGCCCUUUCCAGGACUCCCGUUGCCAACGCUGUCUACCACAGACUGGCUGGGUCUCACCGACAAGGAGCGGCUGCAGCAGAACGCCUCCGCCUUCUCCAAUUUGCCAGUGUACUUAGCCAGCGUGAAAUGCCAGCAAAUGGAUCUGAAUCCAUUGGAAGAUGAACUACACCGUCAGCUUGAUUCUUCGCGCCUGCACUGCCUGGGUCUAGAGAAUAACCUUAAAUCCAUCAUGUCUUCCCUAGGCAUCGUGCCAGGUCCAGUUGUACCUGCUCAGCCUCUGGAACCUGACAACUCCUUCCUUAUGAAACUCACAGGUUACUACAUUUGCCAUCUCUUCCAAGACUGGGUCAACAGAUGUGAAAAGGACAUCGCCUUAUUAACUAAGAAAUAUCCCGUCUGAAAAUGCUUCUCUUUCCACAUUGACCAGUGGCAGGGCUGGAAAUAUGGAGGGCGCACAACACGCUCCCCAUAUUUCACUAAAAUACGGCUUGGAUCAAUCUAUCCAUUUUCUUGAGUUCACACAAAAUAUCAGGUGUGAGCACGCAGCACCUUUAACCACUGCAUCAGUUGCAAAUCCAAUGCUUACUGUCAGACAAUGUACUCAAACUUGUUUAGUUUUAAGCUAGUUUGUUUGUAUCUUGCCCUGUUGUGCAAAUUCGGCUUGCUUGGGUCAGCUUAUUACAUGUUCUGUCCAAGAAAAUGGGUUUAUUUAGUAACCAAGUUAUAAGGGAGUUGCAGCUAUUCAGGGUUGGGCUUCAAAAAUUUUAGCAAGGGCUUCUCUGCCCCGUUGCUGGGUGGGCGUGGCCAUGGUGGGCGUGGCCUAGGCGGCCUCUUGCACCAUGAUGGGAGGAGGUUUGCCCUCCCCGGGCGCCAGAGGCCUUCCCUGAGCCUCUGGGAGGGCGAAAACGGGUCCAGAAACCCUCUGGAAGCCAGAAACAGGCCCGUUUUCAGCCUUCCCGAACUUCUGGUAGACCCGUUUUUCACCCUCCCUGAGCCUCUGUGUGUGCCCUGCACUUACCUGCAUCCAAAACGGGCUGCAUGGGGACUCCUGGGAGGGGCAGGUGGGAGGAGCCAGCCAGGAGUGGGAUUUGGCGGUUCUCCAAACUGUACAGAAUCUUAGCUAGAGAUUCUCCCAAACCCCUGCAACCCACUCCUGCAGCUAUUGAACCAUAAGCAGAGGCGCAUGUGGUUUGCCCAACUGUUAACUGUCUUACAACAAACCAGGCUGAAAGUUAACAACCCGAAGAAAACUUAUCUUCAGAUCAGUAAGAUUAGGCAAAAUGGACUUUCAAUUAACAAUCUCUGUGUGUGUGUGUGCGCGCGCGCACGCGUGCUAUUGGAACAAUUACUGGCAAUCCUUGAUUUACAACCGUUUUGUUUAGUGACUGUUCAAAGUUAAAACAAUCCUGAAUAAAGGGACUUACAGCUGUUCCUCACGUUAUAACUGUUUUCCCAUCCUUACAGUCACAUGAUCAAAAUUCAGGCAUUUUGUCAGCCGGCAUGCAUUUAAUAACUGCCCUGCUUAGUUACAGAUAUUCUGGUGCAGGGGUGGUAUUCACCUGCUUUCCCUACCAGUUCGCAAAUGUGAGCGCACACGUGCCCCGUCCACACAUGUGUCCGGCCUUUGGCUUUGCUGGCGUGCAUGCAUGCUUUCAGCGCAUGCGCCUGGCCUCAGAAAUGUGCCUAAAUAGGAUGGCAUAGAGCAGAGGUCUUCAAAUUUGCAGCUUUAAGAUUUGUGGACUUCAACUCCCAGAAUUCUCCAUCCAGCUAUCCACAAGUCCACAAGUCUUAAAGCUGCCAAGUUUGAAGACCUCUGGCAUAGAGCCAGCAUGGGUGGGCUACCGGUUCAGGCGAAUUGGUCGUAACCAGCUGAUUACAACCUCUGUUCUGGUUCCAAUAGUAGUCAUAAGUCAAGGACUAUCUGCAUACAUCUUAGAGCUGUGUAAAAGCUCGAAAUCACACAUGAACCUUGCAUGGUGGACAACUCAGCUUCUUAAUAUGUUCCUGGUGAGGAGAAGAGGAUAUCUCUUUUUCUAUUCAGUGAGGACCCCGAAGGGAUGGCAUGGUGUGUAUUCAAAGUGCGAAGUUUUCCAUUGCACCCUUCAAGGCUGUAAAACUGGCCAGUUUCUUUAAAUGAGCCUCUCCAAAUCUGAUUUUCUCUGGAACUACAGCUCCCAUAAUCCCAUAGGCAACAAGGAGGGGAUUGGAUUGUAGGCUGGACAGCAGAUUCUGGUCUAAUCGCAUCUUUCUCCUUGGCAAGGCCAAGAAAGCCAAGAGAGAUAUGACGGUCAUCAUUUGGAGGGCGGAUUUGCAAAUACAAUAUUCACUGAUGCACAAUCCUUCCUGACUGUGUUAAUGAGAAGUGCAGCUGUGUGUUUGGUUGUAGGCUCCAAUGGGAAUUAUGAUUCAGUCGACGUUUAAAAUAUAAAGCAAACCCAGCUUGCUAAGGUGAUUGAGCUUUAGUAGUUUGCUUAAAUUUGGAUUUUCUGAAAUGAGUCCAUUCUCCUCUCUGAAUUGGUGUUUUUCAUCCUCAGCCACUUAAAAAUGUGUGGACUUCAACUCCCAGAAUUCCCCAGCCAGCAUAGGAAAUUCCCCAGCAUGCUGGUUGGGAAAUUCCAAGUCCUACCCACUUUAAACUGGUUGAGGUUGAGAAACAUUGCUCUAAAUAAUACUGAAUAUUAAAUAGACAGUAGUCCUUAAUGUUGAAAUACUUGGACAGUUUAUUGUUCAUUCACUGAUGCUGUUUCUCAAUAGCACCAUCCACUUUUAAUGAUAAAUUCUCACAUAGGGUUGUACCAUCUGUUGGAUUUUUUAAAAAUGCUUUUUCUUAUGUAUUAGUUUUGAUAUUUGCUAUGUUCUUUAUAAACUCCUUCAAGACUAUUAGCACUGUGAAUUUUUAUCUUUUAUCUUUUCCAGCUAAAAUUCCAGUUGUGGAGUUUCUUUCCUCUAGGAUAUAUGUUCCUAGCUAAAUAAAUAUUUAUUUCUAUAUAGUUUUCUAAUCAUAUAUGUAUUGUAUAUAGAGCAAAAUUUAAAUUUACA